CCACGCGCUGAUUUGAGAGAGAUUGGCCCAGCGUAAUCGACUCCGCUUAUUGUAAAGGGUUUUAUUUGUUGAACUCGAUACUGAGGCAAAUCGGCCAUUUUCGGUUGUAGGCAACGUGGUUUCGUUCGAAAACAGGCAACACAUAAUCUUAAGCGUGAUCGUAUUGCUUUUCGAGCAGAUUGUAGCAGAUCGAAAAGACGAAAAUCGGUUUAAGAGUUCAGUGAUCGACGUAACGACAUUCACCACUAGAACGGUUUGAGUUCUUUCCUCGAUGUUGCAAUUAUAGUUGUCUGAUUUAUAAGUAGCAAUUGGAGAUGAUGGCCAAUUUUUUGGAGAACUCUUUAAAAAUAAAGGACCUGACCACCACAAUGGAUGCUUGACAAGCUCUUCUGGGUAUAGCCCACGAGAAGCACAAUCUACAGGAUUUUGUUGAGUGGGAACGUAAUUCCAAAUAGAUGGUGGUGUAAGGUCUUGGAUCUGGCUGGUACGAUUUGCGACAAAAGUUUGCCAACGAUGAGGCGAAGAUUUCAGCCAAGCCAAAACAGUGGUAGAGUCUGUCCACGCAAAGAGACGGUUGACUUUGAGUCAAUCUGUUAUAGUCUCAACAACAAAGCGAAGUAGUUUCGCAGCAAGUAAUGCACCACAUAAUUCCAAGCGAGGAAUCGUAUACUUUUUAAGUGGCGCUACUUUUGAUUUUCCAAUCAGUAAUUGACAACAAAUACAAGUAGAUGUUUGAACUCGAAGAUAUACAGCAGCAGCAUAUCCCUUUUCUGAGCUAUCAGAAAAAGCAUGAAGUUGGGAAGAAAUGACUUCAUCAAGCGUUACUCGUCGAGGAAUUGCAAUACUUUCAAUUAAUUUCAAUUCAGCUAGGUAACGCGUCCACAUAAUUUCAAUUUCUGUGGGAACAGCGUCAUCCCAGUCAAUGCCUGCAGUCCAAAGUAACUGGAUCAUGUGUUUUGUCAAGAAAGUUACCGGUGAAAGCAGUCCUAAAGGGUCAAAAACUCGUGCUAUGUCUGACAGGAUUGAGCGUUUAGUCAGCUUGGUUGAUGAAGUUUGAGUAAUGAAUGAAAAACUAUCAUCUUUUGGAUUCCAUCUUAAGCCAAGUACUUUAAGAUCAGACUGUUCACUUUUAUUAAGUAACAGGGAUGGUGAUAUUGCUCUUGCAUUUUCAGAGACGGCUUGAAGGAUUUGACUACUAUUACUUGCCCAUUUUCGUAGUUCAAAAUGGGCCAGGGAACACAAUUUUAUAAGUUGUGCUUGAUAAUCUAAAGAUUCCUUUUCUGAAUUAGCUCCAGUAAUUAUGUCAUCCACAAACGUAUCAUUCAACAGUAUUUCAGCUGCCUGUGGGUAUAACUUGCCAUCAACAUUUGCUAACUCAUGAAUGGUACGCAAUGCUUGGAAAGGAGCUGCGGAUGUCCCAUACGUGACUGUACACAAUCGAUAUUCACUAAUGGGGUCAUUUUGUGAAAAACGCCAAAAAAUUCUUAAGUAGUCUCGAUCAGUCGGUUGUAUUAAUAUUUGACGGUACAUCUGUUUUACGUCUGUGAUAAACAAGUAUUUCCAAAUCCGUGCACAUAAUAAAAUAGCUUGUAUAUCAGGUUGAAGCUUAGGCCCAGUAUACAUAGAUUCAUUUAAAGACAAGCCAGCACUUGUACGUGCUGAAGCAUUAAAUACAACACGCAAUUUGGUUGUCUUACUAUCAGGUCGAAGUACACAAUGAUGAGGAAUAUAGUAUGUGUGCGCAUUUGCAAUUUCUGUUAAAGGUACAAGUUCCAUAUGACCAGUAGUUAGAUAAUCUUUCAUGAAGUCUACAUAUUGAUCACGAAGAGUCUGAUUGUUAUUCAAUCGAGCUUCUAAAAAUUUAAACCGACGUAAAGCCAUAGAUUUUGAAUCUCCUAAGAUAGGUCGAAGAGUUCUAAAUGGGAUAGUUACCAUAAACUGUCCACCUUUGAUACGAGUAGUAGUCUUUUGAUAAAUUUGUUCAGCCAUUUUAUCAUCAGGACUUAAAUGGCGAGUAAAUGGUAUUUCUUCUAAGUCCCAGAACUUUUUUAAAGUAGUAUCCAGGGUCUCCGAAACAGUAAUAUUUAAUGAAGUAAUUUCUAAUUUAUUACACUGUUCAACUGGUCCCAUUAAAGUCCAUCCAAAAAUAGUUUCCAUAGCAAUUGGUUGACCUGGUUUACCAGACAUUUUUCCAUCAAGAAAUAUUUCAGGUAAGAUGUCUGCCCCAAGUAACAAAUCAAUUGAACCAGGAACAUUGUAUAAUGGAUCAGCCAGUGAUAGGUUUUUCAAGUGUGGCCAAUUCCCAUGUAUUAAAGAAGUUUGUGGAGUAGUUCCUGUUAUAUGAGCAACAAUCAAAGCUUCUAUACACAAAGAUGGUGACUGACUAUCACGAGGUACCAAUGUAACAUUUGAUUUUCCCCGAACAGUCGCCGAAGUCUGGUUUGCAAACGUAGUAAUUUUAACACUUGAGGGACACUUUUUUAACAUUAACAAAUUGACACAAUGUUCAGUCAUAAAACUUGCUUGCGAGCCACUAUCUAAUAGGGCUCUGAAAGUUUACCGAUUGCCAUUUGCAGCCAACACAUCCAAAAGUACAGUGGACAAUAAUAUUAUUCGCUGUGGUUGACUUCUAACAACUAACGACGAAGUACUUUGUUCUUCACCAGCUGCUUUAGUGGUCGGAGAAGACGAAGACCCGAAAUGCAGCAGUGUAUGGUGAGAUCGAUUACAUGUCUGACAUUUGUUUUUAGAGGAACAUGACACAGAAGAAUGACCCAGACCGAGACAAUUAAUACAAAGAUGGUGAGAUUUUGCUAUUUGAAAACGUUCUUGGGUGAAAUCACAGCUGUUCAGCCUAUUAAAUAUAAUCUCAAAUUGGAGGCCUCUUACCAUAUACCGCGAUCAGAAGCACCGCCCGAGGACCGUGCCUUCAAGACACGGGCUAGGGCGUUGUUGUCCGACACGGAUAUUGUAGGUGCGGUCAAUGACGAUUUCGAGAUUAUGCUCGCUGAGGAAGAUGUGUACUCGGGUAGGGGUAGCGGAUUCACGAUAGCGCAUAUCGAUGGUCUCAUGCUCAGUGUAUACAAGUAUACGCCCCUCACCGGCUCAUCAUAUAUUCCGAUCCCACCUGAAAUUUUACAUAGAAAGGCAAUCAUCAAUCCGCAAAACAUCGAUCAGUCCUGUUUCAAGUGGGCCAUUUUGGCCCGACACGUUGGGGUUAAUAAUAAUACGCGUGUUAAUCAAAAAUAUUUUAACGAGGAACACAGGUAUGAUUUCACGGGGUUGACGUUCCCCACACCUAUGUCCCAAAUUAAAAUAUUUGAGCGACGAAACCCUAACGUGUCUGUCAACGUGUACGGUUUGGAACGAGACGACGUUAAGAUGAAGUGGUCGGUGUAUCCUCUAAGAGUCGCCGACCAAGAACAACAAAAUCAUUUUGACCUGUUGUACAUCGGUGACUCUGACAAGUAUCAUUACGCGUACAUUUCAAAUUUUUCGAGGCUUGUGCGCAGUCAAAAAACUAAACACAAAUGUCGCAUAUACACUUGCAGACGUUGCUUCACUAGCUUUGAUGAUCAGUCUAAAAAGCAUAUUCUUCGGGGUCAUCAAGCGUUGGAGCAACACAAGUUGAUAUGCGGCAAGAACAAGCCUAUUUUACCCGUUAUGCCGGCGGAGGGCAGUAAGGUCGAAUUUGACGCGUGGGUAAAGACUCAACGGUUACCGUUUGUCAUCUACGCCGAUUUUGAGGCCUUGCUGGAGCAAACAGACGAUCGUAUGGGUGCAUACACCAGGACUGUGCACACCCACCAUCCCAUGAGCUAUGGGUUCAUGGUGAAAACAUCGGACGAUGUGCCCUCCGAGCUCCUCGAACGCUACGGUAUACCGCAAUCACCGGUGAUAUACCGUGGGUCCGAGGAUCGCGAAGAGGUCGCCAAGGCAUUUGUGAUGGCUGUAACUGAAGUGACGCGCAACAUUUCUAAAUUGUUGCGCAAAACCAACGUUCCCAUCCGAAUGUCUAUCGAUGAUGUGCGCAGGCACGGGGAGAAAGUGGUAUGCGACUUGUGCCGCACGGCAUUCAAGGAUUCCAACCCCAAAGUCGCAGACCACUGCCAUUUAUCGGGCCGAUUCAGACAGACGUUGUGCAAUGCAUGUAACCUGAAAGUAAAGACGGUCAAUUUUGUGCCGUGCUUCUUGCACAAUCUUUCGGGUUACGACGCGCAUUUCAUCGUCACUGAAUUGGGGUACGACGACCAAAGGAUUUCGGUUAUACCGAAUUCCGAGGAGAAGUAUAUUUCGGUCACGAAACACGUGACCAAUAACUUCUCCAUACGGUUUGUCGACACCUUCCGGUUCAUGGCCUCCUCCCUGUCCACCUUGGCCGGUAACCUAAUGACACCUGUUUUCGUUAAAUUCCGGGAGACGGCGAAGGUGUUCCUCCCGGAAGACAUGCCGUUGGUAACGCGUAAGGGCGUAUACCCUUACGAGUACACUGAUAGUUGGGCUAAAUUGGUCGAAACGGUACUACCACCCCGCGACGCUUUCUAUAGUCAGUUGAAUGAGUCGAAUAUCGAUGACGACGACUAUAGACACGCCACAGAGGUGUGGAAUCGUUUCGGUUGCUCAACCCUCGGUGAGUACAGCGACCUAUACCUAAAGAUUGACGUGCUGUUGUUGGCCGACGUGUUUGAGAACUUUCGCGACAUCUGUACUACAACAUACAAUUUGGACCCGGCGCACUAUUAUACCGCACCGGGUUUUAGCUUCGAUUGUAUGUUGAAAUACACCAGGAUGAAGCUGGAGCUCUUGAACGACUACGACAUGCUACUGAUGGUGGAGCAGGGCAUUCGUGGUGGGCUGGUGCAGGCCGUCAAGCACUAUGCCAAGGCCAACAAUCCAAAGACACCUGGCUACGAUCCGACAAAACCAAACUCAUGGAUCGUGUAUCAAGAUUGCAAUAACCUUUACGGGUGGGCUAUGAGUCAGCCCAUACCGUACGGUGGCUUCCGGUGGUAUGAAGGAUCAGAUCCUCUGGCCGAUCUCCAAUUGCUUUCGGACACUGGUAAUACGGGGCGUAUAUAUGAAGUAGAUGUAUCGUAUCCAGAAGGGCUGCAUGACGAGCACAACGACUUGCCGUUCUUGCCUGUCAACGAUGUACCACCGGGUUCCAAAGNAAACGAUGUACCACCGGGUUCCAAAGAGACCAAACUCAUGGCCACUUUGAAACCCAAACAACGAUACGUCGUACACUAUGUCAACUUGAAACAGGCGAUCGCACACGGACUGCAAGUCGAUAAAAGUAAACAUCAAGUUUGUUUUUCUACAAUUUGA